AUGGCGACGAGAACAAAAAUUGUCAAAGCAUUCAAAUUGCACGGUUUGUCUUUGCAAAGCGAGGCCUCUCGUUUUCUGGGCGAAGUGCUGUCAACGGUCGGUGAAAAAGACUACGAUGGUUGGCUUGACAGGAUUAUCGAAUACGUUCACAAGCAACCUCUAUCUUCGACACUAAUAAGCAAAGAUAUCGUCGAAACUGCAGUGCAAGAAUGCAGCGACCAAACAGAUGAAGUCAGCGAUAAUGCUUUCAAUGUUAUCAGUGCUUUUGAAGUGCCUCGUUACAAGUAUAAUAAUGACAAGAAAAAGUUUUUAAAAUGUACUACAAAAAACGUUCAUUUACACCCGGAAGCUCCCAGCAGGUCUGAGAUGUUUCGAGAGCAAUAUAUGAUUAUAUUCCAGCGUACAAUCAGACAUGAUUUAUUUGCGCCACCGUCAGCUGCAGCUCAACCAGGCGAAAAUUCUACAAAAUACAGGAUAAAACGUGUUGAGUUCCUCCUGGGCAGUACUGCAAAGUUGGGCAAACUUAUUGUACUAGGCAUGAUAGCACAAAUUAAAGAGGGAAAGUAUUAUCUGGAAGAUUGCACUGGUGUAGUUCAGGUCGACCUGUCAAACACUAAAUAUCACACAGGGUUAUUUACAGAGAAUUGCUUUGUUCUGGCUGAAGGUCUGUAUGAAGAUGGUAUCUUCCAUGUGGAUGCAAUAGGCUGUCCUCCAGCUGAACCAGCUCAGGUUACAAGAAAUUAUUUUGGCAAUAUUAAUUUCUUUGGUGGUCCUUCAAAAAUUGCUGUUUCAGCAUCGGAAAAAAUGCGAACAAUUGAGGAGGAAAAUCAGGAAGCAAUGUUUGUGAUCUUGUCAGAUGUCUGGCUUGAUUUACCAAGGGUCAUAGCAAAGCUAAGAGUUCUCUUUCAUGGUUACCAUACAACUCCACCAACACUCUUUAUAUUUUGUGGAAAUUUCAUCUCUGAGUCUUAUGGACCAAAGCAUUCAUCACUUUUACGAGAGUCCCUAAAUAACCUUGCAGACCUGAUUUCAGAAUAUCCUUCACUAGUGGAAUGUAGCCGAUUUUUAUUUGUCCCUGGACCACGAGACCCUGGACCAGGAAACAUAUUACCAAGACCUCCACUACCAUCUUGUCUGACAGAGGAAAUCAGGACCAAAAUCCCUUUUGCAAUUUUUGCAACAAAUCCAUGCAGGAUCCAGUAUUGCACGCAAGAAAUUAUGGUGUUUCGUGAAGAUUUGGUGAACAAAAUGUGUCGAAAUUGUAUUAAACUGCCCACAGAAUUAGGAGACAUUCCUGCCCACUUUGUGAAAACUAUCAUCUCUCAAACUCAUAUCUGCCCUCUUCCUCCACACGUCCGACCUGUCUACUGGAAUUAUGAUAAUGCCUUGAGGAUUUACCCAUUGCCUGAUAUGAUAAUUCUUGCUGACAAAUACCGUUCCUAUGUCCAACCCACAACACUAGAUUGCAUUUGUUUGAACCCAGGGUCAUUUUCAAUGAAUGAUUAUUGCUUCAAAGUUUACUGGCCAUCAUCAAAAGAAGUUGAAGAUAGCAAAAUUCAAGAUUGAAUUACUGGGAUUCCUAGAAAAAGUCAAUGUGUGUUUGAAGCGGACUCUAUCACUUCUGUUCCAAUAUUUUGAGGUGCAAAUGACGGACCAGUGGUCGCCCUCAUCACCAACACCAUUCUCCCCAAAUGCGCUCACU